UAGUCUAUCUUGUUCCAGCAACUAAGAUACUCUCUCAUUGCUCCAGUGCUAAAAUAAUCCUCCCUUAUUCCUCCAGUAACUACGAUAUUCCUCUCUCAUUGCUCCUGUAACUAAGAUAGACUUCUCUCAUUGCUCCGGUAACUAAGAUAGACCUCUCUUUGCUUCAAUAACCAAGAUAGUCCUCUCUCAUUGCUCCAGUAACUAAGAUAGUCCUCUCUAAUUGCUCUAGUAUCUAAGAUAAUCCUCUCAUUGCGCCAGUAACUAAGAUAGAUUUUCUCUUUCCUCCAGUAACUAAAAUAGACUUCUCUCAUUGCUCCAGUAUCUAAGAUAGACCUCUCCCAUUCCUCCAGUAGCCAAGAUAGACCCCUCUCAUUGCUCGUGCUAAGAUAUUCCUCCAAUAACUACGAUCGUCCUCUCUCAAUGCUCCAGUAACUAAGAUCAACCUCUCUCAUUGCUCCGGUAACUAAGAUAGACCUCUCAUUGCUCCAAUAAAUAAGAUAGUCCUCUCUCAUUGCUCCAGUAAAUAAGAUAGUCCUCUCUAACUGCUCCAGUAUCUAAGAUAGUCCUCUCAUUGCACCAGUAACUAAGAUAGACCUCUCUCAUUCCUCCAGUAACUGCCUGCCUCUAUCCUCCCUUCCCUCAGUGGCAAUCGUCCAACUUCAGCCACAGUCUGUCACUUUCAUCAGUAUAAUUGAGGCUUUUUAAUAAUAGUCACGUAGUUUAACCCAACUAACUUUAAUUACAGUUUCCAAACCUCAAAGGCAGUCUAACAACUUCAUUGGUGGUCUGUCAGCUGCAAAGACAGUCUGUUUUACUCAGUAAACAGCAUACCAACUUAAAUGGCAGUCUACAUAUUUUGGUCCACUACAUCUAACAAUCUCUCUGCAGAGGAAUAUUCUGCUAACCUUGGAAUAAUUCUAUCAAUGUUCCAACUCUAUCCAUUUUAGUGACAGUUGCAGAUUCUUAACUAGCAACAUCAGUACCAAUUUGCCAUUUUCAAUAACAUUUUACCUUCAACAGAACUCCACGUUUUAGUUUCCUAUAUUUUCUGGCAGUCUCUACUAAUAUUUUACAUGCCUUUACAUUUCUAACAGUAUCAUCAAGAAUUUACAAACCUCCAAUUCUUUAUCAGCCUCAGUAUUGCUCCAUCAGCUUCAAUAACAAGAUAAUUCUCAGCAGUUGUGUUCCCCUCAGUAACAUUAUUAACCUCAGCAGAAAUCCUCUGUCCUUUAUUGAUGCUACAAACUUUAACCCUUUUCAGUUACUGUUGUCAACAUUAUUGCAUCUGCUACACUAGGAUUCGCCUAACUUCAGGGCUUCUCCAUCCGCAUAGGUGUUCUACUAAGCUUAGCAAUACUCUGCCAAACUUACCAGGACCUUAGCUUUGAGUGAAAUCUAUCAGUCACAGGAACACAUUGCCAACCUCAACAGCAUUUAACCAAUAGCGCAAAUUUAGUUAACACUCAGUAAGGGCUUUGGUUCUUGUUCUUAAAGUUAAUCAGAACUGUGAAUGAGCAAAUAUAUUUUGUUUUAUCUGCAUAUUAAUACACCUAUAAUUUUAUGACGUGAGUGUUGUUACACCUUACUAAUUGAUCUAUCUUGACAGAUUGACUCUUAAUGCAUGCAUAACAAAGUAAGUUUCAUUAUCAACUCCCAAGAAGCUAUCUAUUGAAGUGCCAUUUUUAUGAGCUACAAUGGAGGAGGUUUAUAGAAAGCAGAAACAUGGCAAUCGGGCUUCCUCUAAAUUAAAAGCGAGCAUUAAAAUUCAAAAAGAGAAUUUGGCAGCUCAAAUGAAUUUGAAUACCAGCCUUUCCAAAUAUAAUUUGAGUGAUCAACAGGAAUUGCUUGCCACGGCCACUUGCAGCUGGCUUCAGCCCACUGAAGAAUUUCAGUAUCCAGUAGAGUUGCCCAGUGGAUUGUCAAGCCAAAUGAAAGACUUCAAAUAUCCCAAUGCUGUUAUUCUAGCUCCAGUGGUACAGGAUGCUCCAUUUAAUUACAAAGAAUUCCAACAGAUUUUGAGGGAAUUGGUGAUGGGAAUUUAUGUUAUGAAUCAAAUUCCUUCUAUUUACAUUGAUGGCAACCAUGAUUGCAGUUCCUCUUGUCUUCUGUCCCCUGCUUACGAUGAUACACUAACUGGGCAAAUUUUGAUAAAUGUGGACUACACAAUGAAAGCACUUUGGCAUGGAGCGUACAUGUCAAAGGAAAAAAGGAUGCGAUUUUCAGAAAUUUGGCGCUCCCAUGUCAACAUGGGCAUUGAUGGAACUCCGAAGGCAGAGGAAAAGACACUUACUGAAUUUAUUAAAGCAGGUCUGAUAGAUAUCUCAUUCGAUCCUGAUUUUGAAGGAAUUUAUAGUGAGGUAUAUAAUGAUCCAACAUAUGAUCCCAAUGACUGUUCAGAGAUGGAGUUAUUUAUGAAAUAUGUGAACAACAUUUUACUUCAAAUCAACCCCUACCUCAUAAGUGUUAAACAGCAUCAAAAUAUGUUCACAUAUGAUGCAGAUUAUAUCCUCAGUAAUGCAGUUCGACUUACAGAAGAAGAAAUUGAUCUAGUAAAUUACCAGAGACUACAGCAGAGAUUGAUUCUUCACCAAAAACUUGUGGAGAAGUUUCUGACGAGGAAAGCACAAAUCCACAGAGACAUCACCUAUCUCAAGUUAAUCGCCUUCCUUGUGCCAUUGCUUAUUGCAAUGAAGAGGGAGAGGAAAAUUCCAGUUUUGAGCAGACUCCUACCUCCAUUUUCUGAUGAAAAGUUAAAAACUGAACGUGAGUUUCCACCCCUUCUUCUCGGCGCAAGUUUCAAAUGUAAACAUUUUCAAUACCAAACAAGUGAAUGCUUCCAUCUCCACGGUGGAAUUGAAUUUGAUAUAGGAACUCCUGAAAUUGAGGAUAUGCCCUAUACUAUAAAGGUUGCCUUUGAUGAUAUUUAUUCCCAAGCUAUGCACCAUCUAAAACAAUUGUUCAAUCCUGACAUGAUACUCAGAGGCCAACAUACCAUACCUAUUAUGCAGUUUGAUGAUCAGAGCUAUUAUGUAAUCUGUAUAGAACUAGAAAACCUCCAUCAGAAAACUCAGAAAUUUCAGUGGUGGAGAAACAUGAGUGAAACAGUCCACCAGUUGAAAUCCAGCAAGCUACCACUGAAUGAAGACCAGAUUGCUGAACAAUUAAAGAAAAAAUAUGGCAUUAGAAAAGCAGCAAGAUGCAAGAAUUUGCCCUUUAGUCUAAUAUCCGUGACUGACAGUGGGCUUGCUGCAGUCUUUUACUCAUUUAGUCAACUAAAUCCAAUGUCACAUCUUGGAGUUGAGGAUCAAAAUGGUUACGGACUUUUUCAUCAUGCUGCAAUGCAUAACCACGUCUCAAUUAUGUGCCUGCUGACCACAAUACGUCUGAAAAUCAAUCAGCAUCGCAAUCACAAGUUCCAAGACGCGGGUCAAACAGCUCUGCAUAUGGCAGCAAAGUGUGGGUCACUUGGUGCACUGAACUGCCUCCUAGGCCUGCGGGCAGAUCAUGCAACAACUGAUGCACGAGGUUGGACAGCAAUGCACUUUGCUGCAUUUUAUGACAAUGUUUCCUGCGUUAGAGCUCUGCAUAGAAAGGAUCCCAAAUUGCUGGAAUUAGAGACAUCAGCUAGAUAUCGUGCAACUCCAUUGUUACUUACUGCUAUGGCUGGUGCAUUUGAUACACUGCAAUAUCUACUAUCACUUGGAGCCGAUAUAUUAAAGGUUGACAAUGAAGCGAACAAUAUUGUUCAUUUAGCAGCACUUUACUUCCACACAGAUAUCCUGAUGUUCAUAAUUGAGCAGAGGAUCCCAGAGCUACGCGUCUGGAAUUUACUUAAAGAGAUGAUGCAGAGCAAAGAUUAUCACAAACAGGAAAUGGGAGUGAGAUCACUUGAAGUUCUGAGUGUGAUAAAGAGACGUUACUGGAAAGAAAUUCUUGAUGCAGGCAGCAUUCCUCCUCUUAUAGAUCUGUUGAACAGUAACCAAGAGACACUGCAAUGUAUUGCUGCUGCGGUGCUGUGUAAUCUCUCCUUCCAUCUACCAGCCUGUGAAUCAGUUAUUGAUUUUGGUAUCAUCCCAGGGCUUAUUUCAUUGCUGUACAGUAACAAGCCGGAGCUUCAGUCUCGUUGCUCUGUCAUUCUCUUUGACAUUGCCCAGGUUAAAAAUAAUGCCAGUCUCAUUGCUACUCUUGGUGCAAUUCCUCCUCUCGUGCAGAUUUUAAAUUCGGUUGUUGAAGACGUACUUGUCAAUGCAAUUAAAUUCAUUCAGAUGUUAUGCAUUAACAAUCCGAUCAAUCAGACCUUAGUAGUUAAAGAAGGGGCGAUUCCACUUUUGGUGGAGCUUUUAAGUGGCCGCUCAGAAGUACUGAAGGGCUAUUCUUCACUUGCUUUGGCUGAAAUUGCUCGUGGACACAGUGUGAACCAGGAUGUGAUUGCUGCUGAAGGGGCAAUUCCCCCUCUGGUAAAAAUCCUCAGUGGACGGAAAAUCAAGAUGCAACUAAAAGCCAUAGCAGCAGUGGAGGUAUUAGCUGACAGAAACGCUGCAACACAAAAAGAAUUUCUUGAGUUGUCUGCCGACAAACACAUUUUGAAACUUCUUAAGGUAUUUGAAAUAGAGAUCAGAGAGCAAGCCGCAACAGCUAUUUGGGCACUAGCUGGACAGACUCUCACCCAGCGAAAACAUAUGGCCAAGGAUAUUGGUUAUAAUUUGAUCAUUGAUCUUUUACUUUCCUCAUCUGAUAAAAUGCACUAUGUUGCUUGCCAGGCAAUGAUUGCUCUAAGUGAGUGCAGCAAGGAACAACAAAACAAAAUUUGUACAGAAAAUGGACUCCCUCCCUUGAUUCGACUUUUAAGGAGCUCAAGAAUAUCUCUGCGUACAUUGUUGAGUGGUAUCACUGUUCUGGGGACAAUGUGUGUUGGUGUUGCACAUAAAAAUAAUCCCUUUAGUCAAAACAAAAUUACAGAAGAGGGUGGUGUGGAUGUACUCCUUCAUUUGCUUGCUGUUUCACGUUCUCAUCAAGUGCAGGUAGAAGUGAUCUAUAACUUGGCUUGCAUUGUGUUGGGAAAUAAAGAACUACAGAAGUUGUUAAAGGAGAAACAAGCCUUGAACUACAAGACUGUAUUGAAACAUCUUAAAUAUGAUGAUAAAGAAGGCGUUUUAAGAGCAGGCGGUGCUUUAGCCCUCUUUGCUUUCAAUAAUCCAAAGCAGCAGCAGCUGAUACGUGAAGCUGGAGGCAUUCAUAUGUCGGUGUACCAGAAUUUCCUUCACUCCAAAAACGAGGUGGAUCAGGCCAAUGCUGCAUUUCAGGUAAUAAUUCUAGCGAAGGUGAUUGCAGAUGUGGAUGAGGUCACACUAACAGCCACAGGCAUCGUAACUUUAGUUAAUCUUCUGAAGUCAAACCAACCAUCCACAAUCAUUGUCGUAGGUCAACUGAUGUCCUGUCUUACUCAGACUCGAGCAGGUAUUACUGACGCCAUGAUUACAAUGGGAGCGGUGGAAAGUCUUUGUCCACAUUUAUCUGCUGAGAGGGACGAGGUCCGUGAGUCUUGCGCCACAGCUUUGGGAUACUUAAGUUUCAAUCGAACUGCUCAUCGACAUCUAUUGGUGGAGUGCAGGAACCAGCCAGAUUUGUAUGAUCUUUUAAUAUCUAACGUAAGCCCAGAUGGCAAAAUCUGCCAAGAGUUCAUCGACGAAUUCAACGUGCAAAAAUUAAUCGGCCUACCACAAGAGAGAAAGAGCAAAAAUAGAAACAUGUCCACGAGAAAAGAUGAAAACUUUGCCUUUAAAAAAAAAAACGGCUCCACAAUCAAAUGA